CGACAGUAACCAACUUGCUGGUGUUCUCCGAACUUUGUCCUUAGUACUACAUAGCGGCUUACUUGAAAUCUCAUGGCGUCUAGAACUGGUCUUCCCCCACUUUCCUCGAAAGGCGUCUUCUCAGUUUCGUCUUCAUGUCUUAUAAAUGCGCCUCGCGAAGUAGUGUGGGAAGUAUUGAUGGACUGGAAGUCAUACAAGGAAUGGAAUCCGUUCGUGCGAGACCAGCGCAUCACAGACGCGCGGAAGAAUUACCUGCCCGACGAUACUCCACGUGAAGGGUGUUACCUUUAUAUCCACCCGGUGCAUAUUCCUCCGUCCUUUGACAGCAAAUGGUUGCCAAGCUCCGCGUUCGAGCGGAUUACUGUGUUGGAUCAUGAAAAUUAUCGUACAGCAUGGGUGAACAUCGAAAUGCCACACUGGAUACUCACCGCAGAACGGUGGCAGGCACUCGUAGAAAUCGAGGGAGGCAAAACACGUUAUGAGACGAUUGAGGUAUUUGGUGGGCUCCUCGCGUAUUUGAUCAGGGUCUUCGUCGGGAAUGGACUGAAAAAGGGAUUUAUAGCCAUGGCUGAAGGGCUUAAAAGCAGAGCAGAAGAAAGGUACGAGGGGCAUACCUGAUUGCAUAUUGUUAGUACUAGGUUCUUGGCACCGAUCAGUUUCUCGCCCGAUUCGAAACACACCUCUGAUAUCUUUAAAAUGGGUUUUGCCGUAUCACCGCGGACGCGAAAGAAUAUGGUCAGAUGACUGGGUCUGUGAUUACGGUGAGCCUGAA